AUGCAAAGUUCAAUAAGCGUUGCAAUGGACCUAUACUACGAUAUAUUAGUUGAGCUUGGGAACCCUCAGAGUUGCAAUAAUUUGGAAGGACUGGGGGAAUUGGGCCAAAACUUCAGUCGGCUUUUUCAAGGCAAAUGGACUAGGGGUAAUCUUAGUACGCCGGACUUCUAGCGUCAGCAAUUUAAGAAAUUUCCAGUUCAACAAUGCAGACCUGGAAUUGAUGUCACAAUUCAGGCGGGUGUCACAAGAUGUUGCAAAACGACCACUAGACCUGGUAGUAUUUACGACAGGUAUACUGGCUUCUCACACGCGAAAAAAUUACGGAAUGCUAGAGCAUGAUAUUGUGGUAAGUUACUUAGACUGGUGAAUCUACAAAACCUUCUGCACACUUUUGAGUAAGCGCACACGAAUGUAGUGGGAAACCCUAGAGUAUUCAUUUUUGGGCAAACUGGCACGAAGGACACUGGAGCACACCAUGACCUAAACUCUGUAAGCAAGUUCGAGGGGAUUAAAAAAUACAUUAGCACAGUGGCAGGUAACCAGACCCUCAUGUUCGACUGCGCACGGUGCUUGCAUGAAAUUGGAGUGCACGGACUUGAUCCAAGUCUGAUAAAGACGGCUAUCCGCAAUAACUUCGCGAGUGGCUGUCGAUUGAAUACAAGGCUAGUUGUGAGUCUAAUUGGUUUCCUGUUCCAAAACACAAGCCAGUAUGCUGAAAAAUCGUCCCAUUUAUGUGUGUCUACUGAACUAAAGGAUAAUAACCCUGACUUUUUCUAUUGCUAUAGAAGGCCUUUUCUAUCAGAAGGCUCUCAGAGUCUUGAGUUGGGCAACAUAUUGGCUAAUCAGAAAAGCUAUCGAGAAAGAUGUUUAUAA